CUUAGUCACAGAGAGUGGGAGGGUGAUAAAACCGGGAUGGAGGAAAAAAGAGAGAGAAAGCGAAAAAGGAGGAGUCUGUGAGAAGCUGGAAGUGGCCGAGCUGUCCUCCCUCAGGACUGCGCCCAUUCCUCCUGGCGGCCGGUAUGAUGUGGGGGCAGCCUGUGUCUGACAGGAACGAAUGCCGUGGGCCGCCUGCCAGCUGCUAGCUCUCCUCCGCCGUAUCUAACGUUGGGGAACCUCCGCCUUUUCCGCCUCUCUUCUGAGCUCUGGGUGGCAAUGGCUCCUUGGUGCUGAGGCUCUGUUCACCAUGUCAGGUUCGAGUACUCCCAAGUCCUUGCCGUCGUCUGGCCAGAAGUCGCUGCAUGACAUCAAGCACCCUCUGAGCUGCUCCCCUGGGGCUGAGGACGAUGGAUUUGUGAUUAGUGACACCCCUAGCCCCGACUUAAUCCACACUGAGCCCAGCAGCAUAGGUGACAAGGACCUUAGUUUGCCAAAUGGUACCCCUGCGGACACCUCAAGCCCAGCUUCUUCAUCCUCACUUCUUAACAGGCUGCAGCUAGAUGAUGACAUGGACGGCGAGACAAGGGACCUAUUUGUUACAGUUGAUGACCCAAAGAAACACGUGUGCACUAUGGAAACCUAUAUAACCUACCGGGUUAUGACCAAGACCACAAGAUCAGAAUUUGACCUCCCUGAGUAUUCCAUACGAAGAAGGUACCAGGAUUUUGAUUGGUUACGGAAUAAACUUGAAGAAACCCAGCCCACUCACUUCAUUCCCCCUCUUCCAGAGAAAUUUGUUGUUAAAGGUGUUGUAGAUCGUUUUUCAGAAGAGUUUGUGGAGACCAGGAGAAGGGCUUUGGACAAGUUCCUCAAAAGGAUUGCAGACCAUCCAGUACUCUCCUUCAAUGAACACUUCAAUGUUUUUCUUACUGCUAAGGAUCUGAACAGCCACAAAAAGCAGGGUGCCACUUUGCUUUCCAAGAUGGGGGAGUCUGUACGAUAUGUGACAAGUGGUUACAAACUGAAAAAUCGACCUAUGGAAUUUUCAGCAAUUACAGAGUAUUUGGACACAUUUGCACUGAAACUUGGAACCAUUGACAGGAUAGCACAACGCAUUAUCAAGGAGGAAGUAGGUCCUAUUUCAGAAUAUCUGGUGGAGCUUCGAGAGUAUGGCCCAGUCUAUUCUACUUGGAGUGCCCUAGAAGGAGAGCUGCGUGAACCGCUGGAGGGAGUGUCUGCUUGCAUCGGAAACUGCAGUACAGCAUUGGAGGAGCUUACUGAAGAUAUGACAGAAGAUUUCCUGCCAGUACUGAGAGAGUAUACCCUCUACUCUGAAUCUAUGAAGAAUGUACUGAAGAAAAGGGAUCAAGUACAAGCGGAGUAUGAAGCCAAGCUGGAAGCUACAGCCUUGAAAAGAGAAGAGAGAACAGGAGUGCCAACAGAGGUAGAGAAGUGCCAGGACAAGAUGGAAUGCUUCAAUGCAGAUUUGAAGGCCGACAUGGAGAGGUGGCAAAAUAACAAGAGACAAGAUUUUCGCCAGCUGCUCAUGGGAAUGGCUGACAAGAAUAUCCAGUACUAUGAGAAGUGCCUUACAGCAUGGGAGUCUAUUAUACCUCUGCUGCAAGACAAACCAGAGCCCAAGUGAAGAAGCUGGAAGAAACUGGAGACCGUCUUGCACUAAGCUUGAGUCUACUAAAUCUCACACUGUACAAAUCUGUGAUGUGGGACUAAUAAGCUAAAGACGUUUUACUUAAAUUUAUGUUACAGUGCAAAAACAACAACUUUUUCUCAUUUUCAUUUCCUCCCCUAUUUCUAUGAUUAUAAUGUGUAUAGAGUUCUCUCAUGGAAUAUUUCAACAGCAGCUGGUUUAACUAGGCCGAGAAGAGGCUUGAACUCAUCUUCUGAAUCGAGGGUCAACCACUUCAAUCUGAAGGAGCUUUUCCAUUUCCUUAACACUAAGUGAAAACUAAAUUAACAGUUGAGAACGUGCUGAGUGCAAUUAAAAUGUCACCAUAAAGCUGGAUUCACACAUGUUUUUGCCAUGUUUUGUAAAAAAAAUUUUUUUGGGGGGGGAUCAAAAUCACUGCGACCAGAUGUUACUUUGAAAUCUAUAGCAAAUUAUCAGAAUGUCUACAUGCUCACUGUUUUGUGGCAUGCUCUGUGUAUAAUUUUUUUUUUCUUUUUUUGCUGUGUCCCAUAGGCUUCUCUAUAGGAUGUCAGAAAAAUGUUAGCCACAAAAAAACAAGCAUUUAUAAACACCGAAAAGAUGUGUGUGUGAAGGAGGCAGAACACAGCUUACCGUAAUUUUUUAACCUACCUUGAAGAGAGCCGUUUUUACUGAAAAUUUUGUGUAUAGUCCUUCUCCUUCCUGUUCGCAUGAGCUGUAAUGGUGGCAUGAAGUAGUUCUUCUUCAAUGUUAUUUUUUUACUUCCCCAGAGAUCGAUGUCGUAAAAACCGCUAAAUGUUGUAUCUCUGCCCAUCUCAGCCAGGUUAUUGAGGGGAAAUUAAGUUUACAUUGGGGCCUUAAUUAAAGUGCAUCAAAGGGAACAACUGAUUGAGACUUUUUGUUAAUGUUUUUGAAGUCUGUGCAGAAGCAGAAAUGAAAUAUGUUUAUGACUUUUUUAUAUAAUAAAAUAUAUUUGAAAGCUU